AUGGUCGGCGUUGGGGCCAUCUGCUGCAACUACUGGACGGACAAGCAGCGCGAGGUGUUUCGUGCGACGAACGGACAGGUAACAAUCUGGGGUCAGAAACCCGUGAGCAUCGAGGCACAGUACGUGACGGGGGAUGGCAAGAAGCGACGCAGUUUGCUGUUGGCAAGUGGAUGGUGGGGCGUGUCGAGACAUGUGAACUACGUGUUUGAGAUUGCGCUCACCUUUUGUUGGAGCGUGCCCGCAGGUGGGACAGGCGUGAUCCCGUACGUGUAUGUGAUGUUCUUGACGAUAUUAUUGACGGAUCGGGCGUAUCGUGACGAAGUUCGAUGCUCGGAGAAGUAUGGCAAGUACUACGAAGAGUAUUGCCGGUUGGUACCGUACAAGAUGAUUCCCGGUGUGUACUAG